AUGACCCCUAUCCUCACGGUCCUGAUCUGUCUCGGGCUGAGCCUGGACCCCAGGACCCACGUGCAGGCAGGGCCCCUCCCCAAGCCCACCCUCUGGGCUGAGCCAGGCUCUGUGAUCACCCAGGGGAGUCCCGUGACCCUCAGGUGUCAGGGGAGCCUGGAGACGCAGGAGUACCAUCUAUAUAGAGAAAAGAAAACAGCACUCUGGAUUACACGGAUCCCACAGGAGCUUGUGAAGAAGGGCCAGUUCCCCAUCCCAUCCAUCACCUGGGAACAUGCAGGGCGGUAUCGCUGUAUCUAUGGCAGCCACACUGCAGGCCGCUCAGAGAGCAGUGACCCCCUGGAGCUGGUGGUGACAGGAGCCUACAGCAAACCCACCCUCUCAGCUCUGCCCAGCCCUGUGGUGACCUCAGGAGGGAAUGUGACCAUCCAGUGUGACUCACAGGUGGCAUUUGAUGGCUUCAUUCUGUGUAAGGAAGGAGAAGAUGAACACCCACAAUGCCUGAACUCCCAUUCCCAUGCCCGUGGGUCAUCCCGGGCCAUCUUCUCCGUGGGCCCCGUGAGCCCGAGUCGCAGGUGGUCGUACAGGUGCUAUGCUUAUGACUCGAACUCUCCCUAUGUGUGGUCUCUACCCAGUGAUCUCCUGGAGCUCCUGGUCCCAGGUGUUUCUAAGAAGCCAUCACUCUCAGUGCAGCUGGGUCCUGUCAUGGCCCCUGGGGAGAAGCUGACCCUCCAGUGUGGCUCUGAUGCCGGCUACGACAGAUUUGUUUUGUACAAGGAGUGGGGACGUGACUUCCUCCAGCGCCCUGGCCGGCAGCCCCAGGCUGGGCUCUCCCAGGCCAACUUCACCCUGGGCCCUGUGAGCCGCUCCUACGGGGGCCAGUACAGAUGCUCCGGUGCACACAACCUCUCCUCCGAGUGGUCGGCCCCCAGUGACCCCCUGGACAUCCUGAUCACAGGACAGAUCCGUGCCAGACCCUCCGUUUCAGUGCAGCCGGGCCCCACAGUGGCCUCAGGAGAGAACGUGACCCUGCUGUGUCAGUCACAGGGAGGGAUGCACACUUUCCUUUUGACCAAGGAGGGGGCAGCUGAUUCCCCACUGCGUCUAAAAUCAAAGCGCCAAUCUCAUAAGUACCAGGCUGAAUUCCCCAUGAGUCCUGUGACCUCAGCCCACACGGGGACCUACAGGUGCUACGGCUCACUCAGCUCCAACCCCUACCUGCUGUCUCUCCCCAGUGAGCCCCUGGAACUCGUGGUCUCAGGAGCAGCUGAGACCCUCAGCCAACCACAAAACGAGUCCGACUCCAAGGCUGGUGAGUGAGGCGAUGCUUGCCGUGAUGAUGCUGGGCACAGAGGGUCAGGUCCUGUCAAGGGGAGCUGGGUGUCCUGGGUGGACAUUUGAAGAAUUAUAUUCAUUCCAACUUAAAGAACUAUUCAACACCUUUAACAAUGUAUAUGUGAAGUACUUUAUUCUUUCAUAUUUUAAAAAUAAAAGAUAAUUAUCCAUGAGAAAGCUACUCGUUUGAGUAUAUUCAUUGUAUUUCAUGCUAACUCACUACCAAAUUACCC